CUUCGUGAUUUAUAUUUGUUUGUUUUCUAUGUUUUGUUUUUGCAGGUUUUGGUCAUUGGUGUUAAAUGGAGAUGGGAUUUUUGAAGGGUUUAGAGUUACCUCCAGUGGAAAUGUUAUUAGAAGUUGUCAAUGCAGCUUUCUUCAUGGGGUUGCUCUCAUGGAUUUUCAUGGAAUUUUUCAGACGUCGGAGAGAUCAUGAUGGUGAUGUACAAAUGGUAGAUAGAGUAGUUGGUGAAACAGUGAACGUGUUUAGGAUCAUUACUGUUCUUUGUAAUGUCAUAAUCUCUAUUUCAUAUCUGGGUUUUGGUUUCUAUGAAUAUUGGAAUCAGAGUAUUGUUUCUUUUGAAUCUGUCACCUUGGUUCUAACUUGGGUUUUAGCAACUGCAGUUGUAUUCUAUGCUAAGAAUCACACAACUAUUAGAGAGCAUAAAAUCAGAAGGUGGCCAGUAGUUCUAAUUCUGUGGUGGGUCUUUUCUUUCAUCACUACUUUGCUUUCUGUUUCCGUUUACCUUUUAGUCCAUUUGAGAUCUAUAGAAGUGCCUCAUAUUUUACCAGAAGCCGAACCUGUUGAUUUCAUAUCCUUGCCUUUUUUGAUAAUGCUUUGUCUCAAUGCCCUCCCUGGAAGUUGUAAUAGGAAUCUCCAUGACCUUGAACAUCCAUUACUUCAAAAAGAGAAUAAGAAUUCCUCUAGAGAUGCUAAUAGUUUUGCAAAUGCUGGAGUUUGGAGCAAACUCACAUUUCGGUGGCUAAAUCCACUUUUUAAAAGGGGCAGAACUCAAAAACUUGAAUUGCCUCAUAUUCCUUCUAUUCCUCAUUCCGAAACGGCAGAGAAUGCUUCAUGUUUGCUGGAAGAAUCACUUCAAAAACGGAAAAUGGAAUCUUCUUCAUUGCCAAAAGUUAUAAUUUAUACUGUUUGGAAAUCUCUAGCCACAAACGCGGUUUUAGCAGGAAUCAAUACGGUUGCUUCCUAUGUUGGUCCUCUUUUGAUCACAAAUUUUGUCAAUUUCUUAUCCGGAAAGCAUGACGAUUCUAGUUCCUACAAUGGAUUACUUCUAGCCUGCAUCUUCUUCUUUUCAAAGACAGUGGAGUCAUUAACUCAACGACAAUGGUAUUUUGGUGCUCAACGUAUUGGCAUAAGAGUCAGGGCAGCUCUCACUGUAUUGAUUUACAAGAAAUCUUUAUCGAUCAAGUUUGUUGGUCCCAGUAGUGGUAUAAUAAUAAAUAUGAUCAAUGUGGAUGUCGAGAGAAUUGGAGACUUCUGCUUGUACAUUCAUGGAAUUUGGUUGCUACCAGUUCAGGUGUUUUUGGCUCUUGUCAUCCUGUACAGGAAUUUGGGUGCUGCUCCCGCCGCUGCUGCUCUCUUUUCUACAAUUUUGGUGAUGGUGAGUAACACACCAUUGGCAAAUAGGCAAGAGAGGCUUCACUCUAAGAUCAUGGAAGCCAAGGACUCGAGAAUUAAAGCAACUUCAGAGACUUUGAAGAGCAUGAGGGUUCUAAAAUUGCUUUCCUGGGAAUCCACAUUUUUGAAGAAGCUUCUCCAACUUAGAGAAAUUGAGAGACUUUCACUGAAGAAAUACCUUUACACAUGCUCAGCAGUAGCCUUUCUCUUUUGGGCUUCACCAACCUUGAUUUCAGUCAUCACUUUUGGCGUUUGCAUUUUAAUGAAAACACCAUUAACAUCGGGUACGGUCCUCUCAGCUUUGGCAACUUUUAGAAUUCUCCAAGAACCUAUAUACAACUUGCCAGAGCUCAUUUCCAUGACUGCUCAAACCAAGGUCUCGGUUGAUCGCAUUCAAGAGUUCUUAAGAGAAGAAGAUCAAAAGAGGUCAAUACCUGAUCAUAGAUCAAAGGCAUCUAACACUGCGGUUGAGAUUGAAGUGGGGGAAUAUGCCUGGGAAACAAGUGACCAGAACUUGAAGAAAUCCACAGUCAAAAUUGCAGAGAAGAUGAAAAUAAUGAAAGGCUACAAAGUUGCAGUCUGUGGAUGUGUUGGGUCAGGCAAAUCAAGUCUACUCUGUAGUAUACUUGGUGAGAUUCCAAAGAUUUCUGGGACUGGAGUUAAGGUUUAUGGAACAACAGCUUAUGUUCCCCAGAGUGCUUGGAUUCAAACUGGUACUAUCAGAGAGAAUGUGUUAUUUGGCAAGGACAUGGAUAAGUCUUUUUAUGAGGAUGUUUUAGAUGGAUGUGCUUUAAACCAGGAUAUUGAGAUGUGGGUUGAUGGAGAUCUUAGUGUGGUGGGGGAGAGAGGGAUGAACCUCAGCGGUGGACAGAAGCAGAGGAUUCAACUGGCUCGAGCUGUAUAUAAUGAUUCAGAUGUUUAUAUCUUGGAUGAUCCUUUUAGCGCUGUUGAUGCACAUACAGGAACACAUUUAUUCAAGGAAUGUCUCAUGGGGCUUUUGUCUCAGAAGACUGUGAUUUAUGCUACCCAUCAAUUAGAGUUUUUAGAUGGUGCAGACCUUGUUCUGGUGAUGAAAGAUGGCAAGAUUGUUCAGUCAGGAAAAUAUGAAGAUUUGUCAUCUGAUCCCAAUGGUGAACUUGUUAGACAAAUGAAUGCCCAUAGAAAAUCACUGGACCAAGUGAACCCGCCUCAAGAAGAUAGUUCCUUGACCAGGAUACCCUGCCAGAUAGGUCAAAAUGAAGUCACGGAAGAGAGAUUUUCCCGGCCUAUUAACUAUGGCAAUUUCUUGGAGAGGAGUCAGGAAGAUGAAACGAAAACUGGUCGAGUGAGAUGGAGUGUUUACUCAACCUUUAUUACUUUGGUUUGUAAAGGGGCUCUUGUUCCGGUUAUCCUUCUCUGUCAAGUCCUUUUCCAGGGACUGCAGAUGGGAAGCAAUUAUUGGAUUGCCUGGGCAACUGAUGAGAAGCGUAAGGUCAGCAGAGGGCAGUUGAUAGGAGUAUUUGUCUUGUUGUCAGGUGGGAGCUCUGUCUUCAUAUUGGGGAGAGCAGUUUUGUUGGCAACUAUUGCAAUGAAUACUGCUCAGCGUCUCUUCCAUGACAUGAUUACUUCUGUUUUCAGAGCGCCCAUUUCAUUCUUUGACUCCACACCUUCAAGCCAGAUCCUCAACAGGUCUUCCACAGAUCAAAGCUCAGUGGACACAGACAUUCCCUUCAGAUUAGCUGGGUUGGCAUUUGCACUAAUUCAGCUAUUAAGCAUUAUCUUCCUUAUGUCCCUGGUUGCUUGGCAGGUCUUCUAUCUCUUCCUUAUCAUCCUAGGAAUCUCCAUAUGGUAUCAGGCUUAUUAUAUUACCACUGCUAGAGAAUUAGCAAGGAUGGUUGGGAUUCGAAAAGCUCCAAUCCUACAUCACUUUUCUGAAUCCAUUGCAGGUGCAGCAACAAUUCGUUGUUUUAAUCAGGAAGAUCGCUUCUUGAUGAGGAGUCUUGGCCUGGUUGAUGAUUAUUCUCGCAUAGCUUUCCACAACUCGGGCACAAUGGAAUGGCUGUGUGUUAGAAUAAACUUUCUCUUUAACUUUGUUUUCUUCCUUGUUCUGAUCAUAUUGGUGACCUUUCCCCUAGCCAUUGAUCCUAGUUUGGCGGGACUUGCAGUCACCUAUGGUUUGAACCUAAAUGUUCUGCAGGCUUGGGUGAUAUGGAACCUAUGCAAUGUUGAGAACAAAAUGAUAUCGGUUGAGCGAAUUCUUCAAUUCACUAACAUACCAAGUGAAGCUCCCCUGGAGAUUAAGGAUUGUAGACCUGAUUCUGAAUGGCCAACCAGUGGAAACAUUGAACUAAAAAACCUUCAUGUCCAAUAUACUCCAUCUCUUCCUAUGAUUCUCAAAGGAAUAACCUGCACCUUUCCUGGAGAAAAGAAAAUAGGAGUUGUGGGCAGAACAGGGAGCGGAAAGUCAACUCUAAUUCAAGCUCUCUUCAGGGUGGUGGAGCCUUCAGAAGGACAGAUUCUGAUUGAUGGAAUAGAUAUUUCAAAGAUCGGCUUGCAAGACUUGAGGUCCAGGUUAGGUAUAAUUCCACAAGAGCCAAUGCUGUUUCAAGGCACUGUAAGGACCAAUAUAGAUCCUUUGGAACAACAUUCUGACCAAGAAAUAUGGGAGGUUGUAAAUAAGUGUCAUCUUUUAGAAAUAAUAAGGCAGGAUCAAAGGCUUCUAGAUGCACCAGUUGCCGAGGAUGGUGAAAACUGGAGUGUAGGACAGAGACAGCUUGUCUGCCUGGCUAGGGUGCUCCUGAAGAAGAGGAGAAUCUUGGUGUUGGAUGAGGCCACGGCUUCCAUUGAUACAGCCACAGACAAUGUGAUUCAGGAGACAAUAAGAGAAGAAACAAGUAGAUGCACUGUCAUAACAGUGGCUCAUAGAAUCCCCACAGUUAUUGAUAAUGAUUUAGUUCUUGUUCUUGACGAAGAUACUUUGAUAAAUGCAGGGAAAGUUGCAGAGUAUGACUCUCCAGCGAAAUUACUCGAGAGCAAUUCAUCUUCAUUCUCAAAGUUGGUGGGAGAGUUCUUGAGGAGAUCCUCCAAGAGUAACCGCAAUAGGGAUCAAUCAUGAACUUCAAUCAUAUGUUAAUAUUGCAACACAGGGAGCAUAAUCAUAGGGAUUGAAAAUUGAAACGGAAGCGAAACUCGAAGAUCCUCCAAUAAUGAUAACAGCAAUAGUGCUAACAUCUGACCAAAGUUACAAGGUCCAAUAAUGAUAACAGAAGCAAAUAUAAAAUACCAGGACGCAUUUUUAACAUCAGUCGUUAGACUAACAUCGCAGUUGUACCAUAUGUAAGCUAAUGCAAUGUAAAGUUGUUGCUCUAUAAUAUAAUGAGCUCCAGAUUCUCAAAGAUCGGUUGUCAAAACUGUGGUUAAAUUAUCCCAUUAACAUAUUCCAUCGUUUAUACGGGAAAAUA